GGUCCACAGUUGUCGGUGUUCACUUGACGGGUACGCCUCACUGACUGCGACUGCUUCUUCUUCUUCUUCUUCCUCUUCCCCACUUCUCUCUCUGUAUGUGUGCCUCGUAGUUUUUUUUUUUUUUUCUUUUAAAAUAAAAAAAUCCGAGCUUUCUGCUUUGCUCUGUAGCAAUUGAUCUCUUCAGCGGUGUACGUGAGGGGGAAUGGCUGAACAAAUUUCACCGGUAGUCCAUUUUGAUUUUGAACUUUAUGAUGGAGAUCCUGAUCAGUUAAGAACUGUUGACGCUACUCCUGCGCUGCCCAACUCAUAUAUUGAUCCUGCAUCAUUGAAACUCAAAUACAGGAUUGGCCACGGACUGUUUGGUGAUGUUUGGGUAGCCACACAUCAUCAAUCAGGAACAGACUAUGAUCAGUAUCAUGAAGUUGUGGUUAAGAUGUUGCAUUCAAUAAAGGAGGGUCACGAAAAAGAGUUUCUUCAUAGGUUUGAAGAACUAUGGAGAAACUCAAAGUCCAAAAAAUUGCAAGGUGUCUGUUGGUUGCAUGGGAUCUCAAUUAUAUCCGGGAAGAUCUGCAUAGCAUUAAAAUCUUAUGAGGGGUCAAUAGGUGACAGGAUGGCGCAGAUGAAUGGAGGAAAGCUUUCAUUAGCCGAUGUUCUGAGGUAUGGUAUUGAAUUGGCCAAAGACAUUCAACAACUUCACCAAAUAGGUCUCCUAGUUCUGAACCUUAAGCCAAAUAAUUUCCUUCUCGACGAGCGUGACCAUGUUGUCCUUGGAGACUUUGGGAUCCCUUACUUGCUUCUCGGGAUUCCUUGGCGUGAUCCUCAAGUAGCUGUGCGACUGGGAACCCUCAAUUACAUGGCACCUGAACAAUGGCGACCUGGAGUGAGAGGUCCGAUAUCCUAUGAGACCGAUUCUUGGGGAUUUGGCUGCAGCAUUAUUGAAAUGCUGACUGGCUCUCCGCCCUGGUUGGGGAGAUCCCCAGAGGAAAUGCACCAAGCAAUUGUAAUACGGCAAGAGAAGCCCCGGGUUCCAUGUGGUCUUCCUCCUGUGGUUGAAGAUGUCCUAAAGGGCUGUUUUGAGAUUGACUUUCGCAACCGACCGCUAAUGACAGACAUUCUACAAGCAUUUGAAAGCUCGCGGAAGGCUGUUUACAGUGACGGGUCAUGGAGUAACCAAGGGAGCAAUCUGAAUGUGAAUAAGCCGCACUGCAGUGGCUACAGCACGUGGUUCCUCUCAAAAGAUCGCCUUCAGAUUGGGGAUACAGUUCGUUCAAGAAAGGAUCUAAGCACAUGCAAGCCCAUCAGUUUGGUUGUAAAGGAAGGAGUUGUGGUGGGACUGGAGAAGGAUGGCGAAAGGGAUGCAUUCGCCCUGGUGCAAAUCCCUAACAUGCACAAUCAACUUAGGCUGAACGCCAUAACCAUAGAGAGGGUCACCUUUGGUUUUGCAUCAGGGGAUUGGGUGCAACUGAUAAAAGGAAACGAGCAGCACGCAUCUCUUGGAAUUUUGCACCACAUUCACCGUGAUGGAACUGCUGUUGCCGGCUUCUUGGGGCUGGAAACUCUAUGGAGGGGGCACCACUCCGAGCUCAGAGUGGCGGAGCCAUUCUCGGUGGGGCAGUUUGUGAGGUUGAAGGCUAGUAUCGCCACUCCCCAAUUCGAGUGGCCUCAUAAAAGGGGAGGGUCCUGGGCGAGUGGAAGAGUCGCACACGUUCUUCCAAACGGGUGCCUGGAGGUGAAAUUCCCCGGAAGGCUUGUCCUUGGAGACGAACUCAGUUGUUUCAUGGCUAGCCCCGAGGAAGUGGAGCGCGUCUCCUUCGACAUGUGUCCUGGUAUUGCGGACAAGUAUGAACUGGCUGAGGACUUUCACUGGGCAGUGCGGCCUCUGGCAAUAGCAUUCGGUGUAUUGACGGCCACAAAGUUGGGCAGCUUUGUCGGAAGAAACGUCGUUGGAGGGCUGCUGUACAAGCGUACAAGGAUUCGGAAGCAGCAGAUCGACGCCGCCAGCAAUCAAAGUAAUGGCAACCCAGCAUGGCUCCCGCCAAAAGUUGCUCACAUCAUCUUUAAAGAAGGCACCACCACCAUUCCCAAUUCUCGCUGAUUCUGCCACUCUUUUGUAAAUAUAUUGUAUAUUCUACAUGCUUUCAAGUGAAAUGGUAUGUGUUUCUCUAUGUAUAUACACACACAAUCUUUCACGCAUUUGCACAAAUUGCAAAACUUUUAGUACUCCUAUUUGUUAUUA